AUGAGAGUUACAACCUCCUCCUCCUCAUACUUGCCGCAACAGGAGUUUAGCGAAACUAAUAUCUACCAAUAUGAUGAGGUGCCAGAAAAUAAAUCAUGGGCUUCUUCCUUGCCUGUAGCAAAGGGUCUCUACAACCCCGAGUAUGAGAAAGACGCUUGUGGUGUUGGUUUCACAUGUCACUUGAAGGGAUCACCAUCUCAUAAGAUUGUAUCGGAUGCUAAAAACUUGUUAUGUAAUAUGACCCAUAGAGGGGGUGAAUUGAAUCCCAAAGAUGGUGAUGGUGCUGGUUUGUUGAGUUCAAUUCCUCACAAGUUUUUAAAACGCGAGUUUCAGUAUCACUGUAACGUCAGAUUACCAAGAAAAGGUCAAUAUGGUGUUGGUAACUUGUUUUUCAAGAAGGAUGACGCUGUUUUUGACAAGUCUAAGAACACAUUUGAAAAUAUUGCUGAUUCUUUGAAUUUAAAGGUGUUGGGAUGGAGAAAAGUACCUCAUGAUUCUUCUAUUUUGGGCCCCGCUUCGUUAUCAAGAGAACCAUACAUUUUACAACCGGCAGUUGUAAUGAAAGAGAUUUUGGAUUUGGAUGUUGAUGAAGAAGAAUUCGCAGCAAAAUAUCAACAGGAUUUUGAAAAAAGGUUAUUUAUUUUGAGAAAACAAUCAUCUCAUACUAUUGGAUUACACAAUUGGUUCUACAUUUGCUCGCUUUCUUCGAAGACUAUAGUAUACAAAGGCCAAUUAGCUCCAAACCAAGUCUAUGCUUAUUAUCAUGACUUGGUCAAUGCUGAAUAUGAGUCCCAUUUUGCUUUGGUCCAUUCAAGAUUCUCAACAAACACUUUCCCUUCUUGGGAUAGAGCUCAACCUUUGAGAUUAGCAGCACAUAAUGGUGAGAUCAACACUUUAAGAGGUAACAAGAAUUGGAUGAGAGCUAAAGAAGGUGUUAUGAAAUCCAAAUUGUUCGGUGAAGAAAUGGACAAGUUGUUCCCAAUUAUUGAAGAAGGUGGAUCUGAUUCAGCUGCUUUUGAUAACGUUUUGGAAUUGUUGGUUGUCAAUGGUGUUGUAUCCUUACCAGAAGCCGUCAUGAUGAUGAUUCCAGAAGCUUGGCAAAAUGAUGAGUAUAUUGACCCAAAAAAGAAGGCGUUUUAUGAAUGGGCUGCUUGUUUGAUGGAACCAUGGGAUGGCCCUGCUUUGUUCACAUUUGCCGAUGAUAGAUACUGUGGAGCCAACUUGGAUCGUAAUGGUUUGAGACCAUGUAGAUAUUAUGUUACCGAUGACGACAGAAUGAUUUGUGCUUCAGAAGUUGGUGUUAUUAGUAUUGAACCAGAAAAGGUUUUACAAAAAGGCAGAUUACAACCAGGAAGAAUGUUGUUGGUUGACACCAAGGAGGGUCGAAUUGUCGAUGACAGAGAGUUGAAAAACAAUGUCGCUUCCAGAUUUGAUUUCAAGAGUUGGGUAUUAGCCAACAUGAUCUCAUUGAAGGACUUAACGGAAAAGUUUGAAUCAAGAAAUAUUAAUUUGAAUACAAAGCCAAUCGAUACCGAAUUGACCAUUCAAACUGAUCCAAGGUUGGUGGCAUCUGGCUACUCUCACGAGCAAGUGUUGUUUGUUUUAGCACCAAUGGCUGAGGGUAAUGAAGCAUUGGGUUCCAUGGGUAACGAUAACGCUUUAGCUUGUAUUUCCGAACAACCCAAGUUGUUGUAUGAAUAUUUCCGUCAAUUGUUUGCUCAAGUCACUAAUCCACCAAUUGAUCCUAUUAGGGAAAAGAUUGUUAUGUCCUUGGAGUGCUAUGUCGGACCACAAGGUAACCUUUUGGAAAUGAAGCCAGACCAAUUGAAUAGAUUGUUGUUGAAAUCACCAAUUUUGACCAACGGGGAAUUAUUGGCUCUUCAAAAUAUUGAAAAAGUCUAUCCCACCUGGUCAGUGGCUACCAUUGACAUCACCUUUGAAAAGUCUGAAGGCAUACAAGGCUACAUCAACACCAUUGACAGAAUUUGCCAAGCUGCUUCAAAAGCUAUUGCUGAUGACAACCAAAUCAUUAUCUUGAGUGAUGUUGCCACUGGUGCUGAUAGAUUGCCUAUCUCUGCGUUGAUUGCAGUUGGAGCAGUACACCACCAUUUGGUUAGACAAAAGCAACGUUCCAAGGUUGCAUUGAUUAUCGAAACUCAAGAAGCUAAAGAGGUGCACCAUGCAUGUUGUUUGGUUGGUUAUGGUGCCGAUGGUAUUAAUCCAUACUUGGCCAUGGAAACUUUGGUAAGAAUGAAAAGACAGGGUCUUUUGAAAAAUGAUUCAUUGACUGAGGAAAAAGUCAUUGACAACUAUAAAAAGUCAAUUGAUGCUGGUAUUUUGAAAGUGAUGUCAAAAAUGGGUAUCUCAACAUUGGCUUCUUACAAGGGUGCACAAAUUUUUGAAGCUCUUGGUGUUGACAACUCAGUUAUUGAUAGAUGCUUUGCCGGUACCGCUUCCAGAAUCAAGGGUGUCACAUUUGAAUACAUUGCUCAAGAUGCAUUCACCUUGCAUGAAAGGGGAUACCCAACCAGAGACACAAUCAAGCCAAUUGGUUUACCAGAAACUGGGGAAUAUCAUUGGAGAGAUGGUGGAGAUGCUCAUAUCAACGAUCCCGCUGCAAUUGCAUCAUUACAGGAUGCUGUUCGUAACAAAAAUGAGAGAGCUUUCGAUGCAUAUUGUAAAAAGGAAAAUGAAGCAGUGAGAAAUUGUACAUUGCGUGGUUUAUUAGACUUUGACUUUGAAUCUUCGACUUCGGUUCCGAUUGAUCAAGUUGAACCAUGGACUGAGAUUGUUCGUCGUUUCUUUACUGGUGCCAUGUCUUAUGGUUCUAUUUCAAUGGAAUCUCACUCAACAUUGGCUGUCGCUAUGAACAGAUUGGGUGGUAAGUCCAAUACGGGUGAAGGUGGUGAGGAUGCGGCUCGUUCUCAGAUCAAUGAAAGUGGUGAUACUAUGAGAUCGGCCAUUAAGCAAGUUGCAUCAGGAAGAUUUGGUGUUACAUCUUAUUACUUGGCUGAUGCUGAUGAGUUGCAAAUUAAAAUGGCACAAGGUGCCAAGCCAGGUGAAGGUGGUGAGUUACCAGGUCACAAAGUAUCUGCCGAAAUUGGUAAAACUAGACACUCCACCCCAGGAGUUGGUUUAAUCUCUCCUCCACCACAUCAUGAUAUCUACUCCAUCGAAGAUUUGAAACAAUUGUUGUAUGACUUGAAGUGUUCUAAUCCAAGGGCAAGAACUUCGGUUAAGUUGGUUUCAGAAGUUGGUGUUGGUAUUGUUGCAGCUGGUGUUGCCAAGGCUGGUUCAGAAAAUAUUUUGAUUUCUGGAGGUGAUGGUGGUACUGGUGCUGCUAAAUUGACUUCAAUCAAAUAUGCGGGUUUACCUUGGGAAUUAGGUUUGGCCGAAUCUCAUCAAACAUUGGUUUUGAAUGAUUUGAGAGGAAGAGUUGUUUUGCAAACUGAUGGUCAAUUGAGAACGGGUAGAGAUAUUGCUAUUGCAUGUUUAUUGGGUGCUGAGGAAUGGGGAUUUGCAACCACUCCAUUGAUUGCCAUGGGUUGUAUCUACAUGAGAAAGUGUCACACUGGUGCUUGUCCAGUUGGUAUUGCCACUCAAGAUCCUGAAUUGAGAAGAAAGUUUGAGGGUACUCCUGAACAUGUUAUCAACUUUUUCUACUACAUGGCAAAUGACUUGAGACAGUUUAUGGCUAGAUUGGGUUUUAGAACUGUUGCUGAAAUGGUUGGAAGAGCAGAAAAGUUGAAAGUCAGAGAGGAUUUCAGAACCACCAAGAAUGCCAACAUUGAUUUGUCACCAAUUCUCACUCCUGCUCAUACUAUUAGACCAGGGGUUGCUACCCAUUGUGUUAGAAAGCAAGACCAUAAGUUGCACAUCAGGGUUGACAACAAAUUGAUUGAUGAAUCUGAAUUGACCUUGGCUAAAGGAUUGCCUGUUACUAUUGAUUGUGAAGUUGUCAACACUGAUCGUUCUUUGGGUACUACUUUGUCAUACAGAGUGUCUAAGACUUUUGGUGAACAAGGAUUGCCCCAUGAUACUAUUCAUGUCAAUGUUACUGGUUCUGCUGGUCAAUCAUUUGGCGCUUUCUUGGCUUCAGGUGUCACUUUAGAAUUAGAGGGUGAUGCUAAUGACUACAUUGGAAAAGGUUUAUCAGGAGGUAGAGUCAUUGUAUACCCACCUCUCGAGUCAAAAUUCAAAGCCGAAGACCAAAUCAUUGCUGGUAACACUGCCUUCUUUGGUGCCACUUCAGGUUCUGCAUUCAUUAGAGGUAUUGCUGCGGAAAGAUUUGCCGUUAGAAAUUCAGGAGCUAUUAUUGUCACCGAAGGUACUGGUGACCAUGGUUGUGAAUAUAUGUCAGGUGGUAGAGUUGUUGUUCUUGGAUCUACUGGUAGAAACUUUGCUUCUGGUAUGUGUGGUGGUAUCGCUUAUGUCUUGGAUAUGGCUCAAGAUUUCUCAGAUAAGGUUAACAAGGCUAACGUCGAGCUUUCAUCAGUUACUGAAACCGAUGAAAUUGCAUUUUUGAGAAACUUGGUUGAAGACCACCGUCAUUACACAGGAUCUGAAGUUGCUGAUAGGAUCUUGAAUGAUUUCAACAGAUACUUGCCUAGAUUCGUCAAGGUAUUACCUUAUGACUAUAAAAAGGUUUUGGAAAAGGAAAAGAAACUUGCCGAAGAAGCCAAGAAGAAGGAAUUGACCAAGUUUAUGAAGUCAAUCAAGGAAGACCCUGAAUCAGAUGUUACCAAUGGUGAAGCAUACAAAAUUAAGAAAGGACAUGUUCAUCGUCCAUCUCAUAAAGUCAAUGAGCCAAAGGUUGCUGAUGUUGAAGAUACCAUUUUUGAUACUGAAUUUGAAAAGAAGGCACCAGUCAAAUUGGAUAAAGUCAGGGGCUUCAUGAAGUACAAGCGUAGAAACGAAAAGUACAGAGAUGCCAAACUGAGAACCAAAGACUGGAAUGAAAUGACACUGAGAUUGACAAAGGAUGAAUUGAAGUAUGAAACUGCUAGGUGUAUGGAUUGUGGUGUUCCAUUCUGUACUUCCGAUACUGGUUGUCCAAUCUCCAAUGUUAUUCCAAAAUGGAAUGAGUUGGUGUUCAAUGACAGGUGGUAUGAUGCCUUGCAAAGGUUGAUGAUGACCAACAACUUCCCUGAAUUCACAGGAAGAAUUUGUCCAGCUCCAUGUAAUGGUGCUUGUGUUUUGGGUAUCAACGAAGACCCAGUUAAUAUCAAAUCAGUUGAAUGUGCUAUCAUCGAUUACGGGUUUGAGCAAGGCUGGAUUAAACCACAACCACCAACACACAGAACAGGAAAGACCGUGGCUGUAAUUGGAUCAGGUCCUGCUGGUUUAUCAUGCGCUGACCAAUUGAACAAAGCUGGUCAUUUAGUCACUGUUUAUGAAAGAAGCGACAGACCUGGUGGCUUGUUAAUGUAUGGUAUUCCAAACAUGAAAUUGGACAAGGGAAUUGUCAAGAGACGAACUGACUUGUUAGCCGCAGAGGGCAUUCAGUUUGUUUGCAACACCACCAUUGGUGAGGACAUUACCGUACCGGAAUUACAAUCCAACUUUGAUGCCGUUGUUUUCGCUGUUGGUUCAACCAUUCCAAGAGACUUGAAGAUUCCAGGAAGAGAAUUGGAAAAUAUCAACUUUGCAAUGCAAUUGUUGCACAAAAAUACCAAAGCCUUAUUGGACGAUGAAUUGGAUGAAGUUAGAAAACAAUUGGAAGGUAAGCAUGUUGUUGUUAUUGGUGGUGGUGAUACUGGUAAUGAUUGUUUGGGUACAUCUACUAGACAUGGUGCUAAAUCGGUCACCAACUUUGAAUUGUUACCAAAUCCACCUUCAGCAAGACCCAAGGACAACCCAUGGCCACAGUGGCCAAGAAUCUUCAGAGUCGAUUAUGGCCACACUGAAGUCUCUGCACAUUAUGGUAAAGACCCAAGAGAAUAUUCCAUCUUGUCGAAAGAAUUUGUUGGUGAGGAUGGUAAAGUUAAGGGUAUAAAGACUGUCAGAGUCGAGUGGAAACGUUCGGAUCUGGGUGCAUGGCAAAUGGCUGAAGUUCCAGGCAGUGAAGAAUUCUUCCCAGCUGAUGUUGUGUUGUUGUCUAUGGGUUUCAUUGGUCCAGAUGCAGAUAAUCUUGAAGUUCAAAAGACAAAGAGAGGUACCAUCACUACUGUCAACCCCAACGUUUACAAAGUCGAGGACGAUUCUAAUUUGUUUGCCGCCGGUGAUUGUAGAAGAGGUCAAUCGUUGGUCGUUUGGGGAAUCCAAGAAGGAAGACAAUGUGGUAGAGAAGUGGAUGAAUACUUGAUGGGUUCAACUAGAUUGCCUGGUAAUGGAUCUAUUGAACAAAGGAGCUACAAGUUGCUAGAGGAACUUGCUGAGAAUAUAUAA